AUGAUUUCAAUUUCAAAGGAUGCAAAUAACCAAAUUUUCCCACUAGCCUUUGGAAUAGCAGAAUCUGAAAAUAACAAUUCCUAUGAGUGGUACUUUAGUCAGCUUCGCAGUGCAAUUGGGAGCCGUAAGAAUUUAAUUUUUUUAUCAGACAAGCAUCAAGCUAUUGCAUAUGGCAUUGCAAAGGUAUAUCCUGAAAGCCAUCAUGGGAUUUGCAUCUAUCAUUUGGAGCAGAACCUAAAGCGAAGGAAGGUGAAAAGUAAGGUCAUAAAACUUUUCCAAAGUGCUCCAAGAGUAUACAGGCGCAAAGAAUUUGAUCUAUACAUGUCAGAUAUCGCAAAAGUAGAUAAGAAGACUUAUGACUACUUGAUGGAAGAACCACCGGAAAGGUGGACACGUUCUUGUAGUCCACGACGAAGAUAUGAUAUGCUCACAACAAACAUAGUUGAGUCAAUGAAUUCUGUCCUAUUAGAAGCAAGGGAGCUGCCUAUAUUAAGAAUGAUGGAUUUCAUUCAAGUGAAGCUACAACGUUGGUUUUAUGAAAGAAGAAAUGAAGCAGAAGGAACUCUUUAUGAUGUUUCUUGUUGGGUCUUCCCUGUUGAUUCAUGGCGUUCUAGAGUUGAAGAAGAAGGAAUAACUUUCUUGGUGGACUUAAACAAAAGAACAUGUGAUUGUUUUCAGUUUCAAUUUGAUGAAUUACCAUGCAUACAUGCAAUUGCAGCUAUCGAGAAGAGAAACAUCAAGAAGUCCAACUUUUGUUCGCACUGGUACUUAAAGGAAUCUUGGCUGAAAACAUAUGAAAGACAAAUGCAUCAUGUAGGACAUACUGAUUCUUGGAUUGUACCAGAGAGUGUUAGGUCACAAAUUCUUAAACCUCUAGAUUUCAAUGUGCAACCAGGUAGAAGGCAGAAGAAAACACAUAUUCCAGCUACCGAGUCAUCAAAAAUAACAUUCAAAUGUGGUUGUUGCAGAAGAAUUGGUCAUAAUAGAACAGCUUAUGUCCGAAUUUUCUAA